AUGACAACUUCUUUCAUACAAGAUAGCCUGAGGGAUCAGCUCGUUCGAGUGCCGCCAUUGACACUCCUAAAUAUCUUCACUGGUGUCUCCGUGCUUAUUAUACUCUAUGUUUUUUGUAAGGUAGUUUACAACGUCUACCUGAGCCCUCUGGCUGGCUAUCCGGGCCCAAAGCUCUGGGCCAUUUCUCGCUUACCAUGGAAUCGGGCCAACAUGAAGGGUCGCAUCAGUUGGAAGAUCCGCGAGCUUCACGAUAAAUAUGGCCCAGUUGUGCGCAUCGCCCCCGAUGAGCUCUCGUAUACGACAUCAGGCGCGUGGAAGAAGAUAUACGGACAGCGGAACCCCGAGUUCGUCAAAGCCCUUGAUGGAAGGGGUAUCGCGCCCGCGAGUAUAGGUGGCCAGCGUAGCUUGAUGACUGAGCAUCAGGAUAGACAUCUGAGGUUGAGGAGAGCUAUAGAUCCGGCUUUUAGCCAGAGAGCACUUCGCGAACAAGAGAACUACUUUCAAGAUCACUCGGAUAAUCUCGUCCAGAAGCUGAAGGAGCGGUGUGAAAACGGACCUCUCGAUAUGACGACAUGGUACAACCUCGUCGCGUUCGAUAUUGUCUCUGAUCUGGCUUUUGGUGAGCCCUCGGGUUGUGUUAACAACCCAGAUCAACCGUGGAUACAAGCCAUCCUGGCUCGCGCCAAAGCUAUCGUCUGGUUCCAGCUUGCUGUGCAGUAUGGGGCGAUGGGAUUGCUCAAUUGGUUGACGCCAAAAUAUGUCACUGAGUCGAGAAAGAAGCACAUCGCAAUGACUGAGGCCAAACUAAAGGCGAGGGUUGAAGCCAAGAAUCCCGGAAAAGACUUUAUGUCAUACAUCCUCGAGAACGACGAGAAACUCAACCACCUCGAACUAGUGAUGCUUUCUUCCAAUUUCAUCGUGGCAGGCAGCGGUACAUCUGCUGGCGGCAUGUCCGGCUUGACGUAUUUGCUCCUCUGCAACCCCGAUAAAUUGGAAAAGCUCAAGCAGGAGAUACGCGGCCUCUUCAAGAAUCGCGCAGAUAUGACCGUCCAGGCAGUGACCAGCUGCAAGUAUUUGCGCGCCUGCCUCAAUGAGGGUAUGCGUCUGUACCCACCGACUCCGGGCUCGCUGCCUCGAUUCGUUCCUGGAAAAGGCGAAAUGAUCGAGGGCGGAUGGGUCCCAGGCGGUUAUGCUGUUGGUGUCAACCAGCUGGCAGCCGGGCACUCAGAGCGCAACUUCAAGCGAGCGCGUGAGUUUCACCCCGAGCGCUGGCUUGAUGAACCAAACUCGGAGUUCAAAGAUGAUGACCGUUCUGCUGUUCAACCGUUCUCCUUCUCCAGGUACAACUUCAACACACUUGCGGACGCUGAUAUCACGACACUGAAAAUACAGAUGAACGUCCUCAUCCUAGCGGCGGGGUUGCUGCUUCUCAUACGCAUUACGGAUAUCGUCCUCAUCAAUCCCCUGCGUAAUCUUCUCAAAAUUCGACGUCUCAGAUGUGGUCCCGUACCCUUCGAGCCAACUCGAUGGCCUCUGGGGAUCGACAUCAUACGCCGUGGCUUGCGAGCCGACAGAGAGCAACGAACGCCUGACUUCGUGACCGCGCGCUUCGAGGCCAUGGGACGAUACACAUGGGGGAUAUCAGUGCUAGGUACAUCUAACUUUAUCACGGCUGAACCUCGUAACGUGCAGGCAUUGCUCGCGACGCAGUUUGACGAUUUCAUCAUGGGAACGGCAAGAAGAACGAACCUGAAGACAGCUCUUGGGCGAAGUAUCUUCGCCGUGGAUGGCAAGGCGUGGCAUCGCGCCCGAGAGACAAUGCGGCCGAUCUUCAGUAGGGAAAAUGUCUCCAGGCUUGAACUGCUCGAGGAACAUGUGCAGACCAUGAUACAGAUCAUCGAGACGAGAGAACAGGGGCUGACGACCGAUGACGAGGGUCGAGCGUGGUCAGCAUCUGUAAGCUUGGCUACACUGUUGCCCUGUUUGACUAUGGAUUCGGCAACCGAGCUGUUCCUGGGACAGAGUACAAAUUCUCUCAGAACUCUCCUUGCCAAACAGCAGCAGAAGAACUGCAACGAUCAGUAUGACGCAGACAGCUUCGACCACGCUUUUGAGCGCAUGCUGGCCAUCCUAGGAACAAGAAUGCGGCUGCGAAGUCUGUACUGGCUGUAUGGGAACAAGGAGCUGAACAAGUGCAUAAAGACACUCCACGCUUUUGUCGACAGUGCCAUCGACGCCGCAGAUCAAGCAAGACAACAAGGCUCUUCUCAAAUUCGCUACGACUUCCUCGAGUCCCUACGAAAGCGUUGUUCCGACCGCGCCGAAGUACGUGAGCAAGUUUUGGGUCUUUUGGCAGCGGGCAGGGACACGACGGCGUCGCUUACAGCCUGGGUCUUCUAUUGUCUAGUACGGCAUCCGAAAGCAUACAAGAAGCUACACGAGAUCAUUCUUCAGACCUUUGGCCCUUAUUCGACUACCGUUGGGAAAAGCAUAACCUUCGAGAAGCUCAAGGGCUGCACAUAUCUCCAACAUGUCAUGAGCGAGACACUGCGACUGCAUUCGGUUGUCCCUUUCAAUUCCCGUUGCGCUGUACGAGACACCACACUUCCCGUCGGCGGAGGGCCGGACGGUACUAUGCCUGUCUUCGUGUCCAAAGGUACUGAAGUCAAUUUCAGCACGCAUGUGCUUCACAGGCGAAAAGAUUUGUGGGGCGAGGACGCCGACGAGUUUGUGCCCGAGCGGUGGGAGCGGAAGAGGCCGGGGAUGGCUUGGCACCCGGGAUAG